GGAAUUGGUUAUAACCUUGUUUACAUUUUUUGACAGCUUAAUGUUGAGGUUGGAAUUUUGGCGCCUAAAUUAGGUUUUGUAAACAAGUUAUAAAUUUUAUUAAUCAACCAAUAUACGGCAUACGGUUAACCAAAAAUUAGUCAUGGAGGAGGAUGAAGACUUGCUAGCCAGUCUUCUGGAAGCUGCUACUAAGCAAUUAGAAAAUACUGAUUCUGUUAAGCCAACAACCCAGCCCAAUGUAACUCAUUUUUCAGAAGGGAGCAGCUCCAAACCACAGGCACAAAAAGAAGAAAAACCCAUUUUAAGAGAUUUUGAUAUAUUUAAUUUUAAUUCUAAUUUAAAAUUAGCAGAAAGCAACAUCACUAGUGAAAUUCAUAAUGGUGACACUGAUUCAUCAGAUGACGAAGGUAACCGAAAUUAUGAAGAUCAGAAAUAUAAUGAGUGUGGCAAAGAAAUUAAAAAGUUAUUAAGUACAAAUGAAAAUUCUAUAUCGAGCAGUCAUUAUGGAACACCUAAACAAAGAUUUUCUACUUGGAAAUCUAAAUGUGUUGCAACAAAUCAACAAAUAAAGCAAAAUACAUUAUUCAAGUCAAAACCAGAGGAAGAAAGAAAAUUCGAAGAUGUUUUAAUAGAUCCUAUCUUUGGCAUGCGCAUAGUAAAUCCAAAGAUAUCUUCUCAAAUGUUAAAGGAAAGAAUGCAAGGACGUCUCUCUAUAAGAUUUUCAGACUUAUCUCGCCUACUAUUUUCUGGAAGCCUAAAAGAGAAAGAUUGGGUUAUUUGUGGUGUUGUAGUGAACAAGUCACCUCCAAAAACAACUCAGAAAGGCACUCAGUUUUCCAUAUGGACCCUGACUGAUUUAAAAGAUGAUAUUAAAACAGUGGCCUUAUUUAUGUUUAAUAGUGCACAUAAAGAACUUUGGUCAACUGCUGCUGGCACAGUUAUAGGAGUCUUAAAUCCAAAUAUAAUGGAUAGGAGGGAUGGUUCAAAAGAUGAGGCUGCUCUUAGUGUUGACACAUCCCAAAAAAUUAUGGUAUUUGGCCAAUCGAAGGACUUUGGCACUUGCAAAAGUAUUAAAAAAAAUGGUGAAAAAUGCACUUCAAUCAUCAACAUCAGCAUAUGCGAAUAUUGCAUUUAUCAUGUCAAGCAAGAAUACCAAAAAUGUAGCAAAAGGUCAGAAUUACAAGCUAACUUCGCUGGAAAAGGCCUCGUGAAUUUAAGAAAUAAAGUAUUAGGCAAAAAUGAGGUUUUUUAUGCUGGUAAGUCCUUUAUGGCAAUACCUGCCAGAAAGAGUAAGAAACUUGAGGCUAGGGAUAAUAAUAUAAUGGAAAAUCUUAGUUCAAUGAAUGGGAGAGCACCUAGUUCGACCAAAUCAAGGGUAAAUAAAGGAAAGAAGGGAGCAGCCACACAUUUGGACGUUAAUCCAGCACAAAGAGCAAGAGAUCUUGAGCUGCUUAAAAAGCUUGGAGGAGUAAAUAAUCUUGAGACAAAAACAUUCUUUUCUGGACUGAGGUCAGAUAAAAUUACUUUAGAAGAAUCCAAAGCAACCGCACGAGAGGUUAUUGAGAAAUUGAAAGUAAAACAGUACCAAUCUGGUAACCAACAAUUGCGAAAAAAUAGUCUAUAUGACUUAAAAAGUGAUUUAUUUGUUAAUGUAGAAGGUAAAAGUAAAUUUUUAGGCAAAAUAUCAGAAGAUGUUUCCCUAGAGGAUAGCAGGAAUUCAGCAUUGUCAGUUAUAAGUAAAUUAAAAGCUCAGAGGGCCAAUGAUAUACAAUCAGACAAACAAAAUAAAUUUGAUGAAAUGCUGCCACUUGAAGUGUUUGAACGAGCGUCAGAAUGUAAUGAACUUAAUUAUUAUAGUGAUGACCAGAAUGAAAUUGAUAAUCCGGACUUUGAGGGAAAUCUCAAUAUAUUGGAAAAUGUUAAUAAAAAUAAAUCUUUGACUAAAACAAUUAAUAAAGGUGCUGUUAUCGCCAUGAAUUCCACUAAAGACUCUAAUGAACCCCCAAGUAGUCAAAACUCAUCUAACUUUAAAAUUGACUCACUGAACAUAAUGAUACCCACAAGGGAUUCUAAAGUAAGUUUAAGCACUAUUAAAAACCUAAGCAAAACGCGAAAUACUUCAAAAGUUUUAAAUUCUAUACCCAAAAGCAUUAAAACUAAAGACGUAACCAAACCUACCUUGCCCACUUUUACAAAAACAAACUUUGAACAACAAACACCAAUAAAUUCCUCGCACAUGAAAUCUCCGUUAGAUAAAUUAACAAUGGGUAUUCCAUUGCUCUCAGGAUAUGGCUGUAGUGACCUUAUAGAUUUAAAUAAGCCUGUCACAAGCAAACACAUAGAAAAGGCAAAACUGAAUGCUAUAAAGUACAUUCAAAGAACUGGGCCUAUAAAAAAGGUUGAUCCUAAUUGUACUAAGGCCAAAAGUAGUUCUAAAAAGAGAACGUUUGACAAUAUGCUAAAUGGAGAGGCUGGGUCACACUUGCUUGGCAAUCCUCUAGCAAAAAAAUCGAAACUUGAAGAAAGUGAGUUCAUUUCAGACAGAUUUAAGAAAAUGAUGGCAAUGACAUCUAGACAUACAGAUCUUCUAGAAAGGCAUGAUGAUGAGGAAAAAGAAAAGUAUUUUAACAAACAGGAAGCUAAGGAAAAAAUGGAAGAAAAAAUGAUCAAUACUCACAAAGUGAAAUGUAAAGCUGUGAAAUGUUUGCAGUGUAAAUAUACAAGCUUUUCCGCCUCUGACCUAUGCAAGACGGAGGGGCACACAUUAAAAGUUUUUGAUUCAAUGAAACGGUUUUAUAAAUGUGGCAACUGUCAAAAACGAAUUACGAUCUUGGAGUUGAUUCCAACUAGGCCUUGCACUAAUUGUGGUUCUUCCAAAUGGGAAAAAACAGGAAUGAUGAAAGAAAAAUUGGCAGUGGUUCAGCACAAUUUAUCUAUUAGGGGCGGAGAGCAGAAAUUUAUUAAUUCGAUGGCGGCCGACGCCAAUUUGGAUCUUUUGGUGCCAGAUUAACAAAACAAUUAUUUUAGGAUUAGUUUCAUUCGUCUUAAGUUUUUUCUUGUAUAUUUUUAUUUUGAUUAGCGUAUUUUAUUUGACAUUCGCAGCUUGAAUAUGAUUAUUUCAAUAUAUUAUAUUUAUAUAAUAAAAGAAUUUUUUCCUUUCGUCAUAUAUUUGUUGACAUUCGAUCUUUGACAGGUAUAUUUUUAUGUUCAUUAUAUACGUAUUUUUAUCUGAAAUUUUAAAGUGAUUACGUUGCCCUCAAAAACUUUUAUAUGUUCUAUUACUGAAUAUAUGUAUUUUUACCUUU